UUAUACAAUUUUGUAAAUAAGUGAUUUUUCUCCUUCACUGAUGUGCGCUAAUGAGGCUGCAGUGAUGGGCACUGAUAGGCUGCACUGAUGGACACUGAUAGGUGGCACUGAUUGGCAGCAUUGAUAGGUGGCACUGAUUGGCAUUGAUAGGUGGCACUGACUGGCACUGAUGGGUGACAUUGAAAGGCAGCUCAGAUGGGCACUGAUAUGUGGCAUUGAUGUGCACUGGUAUGCACUGAUAUGUGGCACUGAUGGGCACUGGCACGUGGCACUGAUGACCACUGACUGCUGGCAGUGAUGGACACUGACAGGUGGC